AUGAUCGCAUCUCUGUUGCUAAGUGUGCUGAUGGUCCCCUGUGUCGGUAAAACCUGGACUUACACUAACCCUCCCCUCUCUGAGAUUUCCUUCCAAGCAGCCAUGAUAUGGAAGCUCUUGGCACAUGGCAAGUUCUCUCCAGGUAUUUCCAGCUGCAGGCCUGAAAGCAGCCUCCAGGUGAGCUUCCUCAACGCAGCCAGGGACAGGGGCUCCCCUUCCGUUCCCUUCCCUCAUAGCCAGCUCAUGACUUCCAAGGGCAGGACUCGCCGGUUAAAUUCUCACACCCCCAUCAUGAUGAAGUGCUGGGUGAAAGUGGUGGUAGUUUUUGGCUACCAGUGGAGCCAUGCUCUGGACACCCCACAACUUCCACGGGAGCUGCCUCCAGGACUCUCAAACAAUAUCAAUAUUACACUCUUCAAUGGGAUGUUUAAAAAUGUGGAAAGUGUGACCGAAAUUUUUGACUGCCUUGGCUCCCACUUCACCUGGCUGCAGGCUGUCUUCACCAAUUUCCCUGUGCUGCUCCAAUUUGUGAAUGGUAUGAAGUGUGUGGCUGGUCUCUGCCCCCGGGACUUUGAAGACUAUGGCUGUGCCUGCAGAUUUGAGAUGGAAGGGCAGCCCGUGGAUGAAUCUGACAGCUGCUGCUUCCAGCAUCGCAGGUGCUACGAGGAGGCCGCUGAGAUGGACUGUCUCCAAGACCCCGUCAAGCUUAGCAUGGAUGUCGACUGCAUCAGCAAGAAGAUCACAUGUGAGUCCAAGGACCCUUGUGAGCACCUGCUGUGUUCCUGCGACAAGGCUGCCAUAGAGUGCCUGGCUCAGUCUGGCACCAACUCUUCCCUGAACCUCCUGGACACUUCCUUCUGCCUGGCUCAGACUCCAGAGACAACCAGCAGGAAAGGGCUGACGACACUUGUGUCCAGAGUGGUUCCUGCAGAGCCCACAGAUGUGGGGCCUGGCCCCAGUCUGGCUCCUUUACUGAAUUGGCACCUUGUUGAGCACCACUGUGCAGCCAUGUUCCCUGAGCAGGGUGCCCUGGACCUGCUCUCCUUGGUCCUCAGUUCCCAAACCUGUUUCCUUGGCUUGGCUUGGGUGCCCAGCAGGGUCAAUAUUGAAGAACCAGGCCAAGAUCAGGAAGGCACAGAAGCUUCUAGGGCUACGUCCCCUCCUGAAUCUGCGGAGAUUGUUGACACUGCGAAAGGUGUAACCCUCGUCCCUGCUGGCAUUCAAUCUUUGGAGUUGGUGGCAUCAUCUGUUGGAAGUGGUCCUGAGAAGACAACAAGGAAAGCCUGUGACAGAUUCACUUUCCUGCACUUGGGAAGAGGGGGCGACAUGAAGGUGUUGCCGCAGCUUGGAGAGAUGCUCUUUUGUCUGGCAUCCCGGUGUCCGGAGGAAUUUGAAUCUUAUGGCUGUUACUGUGGACAGGAAGGAAGAGGCGAGCCAAGGGAUGCCCUGGACAGGUGCUGUUUGUCCCAUCACUGUUGCCUGGAGCAGGUGCGAAGGCUGGGCUGCCUGCCUGAGAGGCUCCCUCGGUCAGCGGUGGUGUGUGUGGAUCAUACGCCCAAGUGUGGGGGACAGAGCCUGUGUGAGAAGCUGGUCUGUGCUUGUGACCAGACGGCGGCCGAGUGCAUGGCCUCUGCCUCUUUUAACCAAAGUCUCAAGUCCUCAGGCCCACCAGAGUGCCUGGGGCAGGCGGCUGGAUGUGAGGACAACCCAGGUGGCCGACCCUCAGCCUCUACCCCGGGCUCCAGCUCAGAAGAGGACAGCGAGGAGGUCCCAACCCGCCUGGAGGGCUUCAGAAGAGUCAGGAGAUUUUUGCGGAAGUCACCGGAUCCCUGGGGGACCAGGCCCCUCCAUGGAAGAUAG